AUGCCAUGUCGUCACGAUAUUGCCCACAGGUCGGAUCACUUACACCUGCCUACUCUGGACUUUGCUCAACGCCAUUUACUCGGCCCUCUCACAGUUUCCAAAGCCUCUCACAGUCUUCAAUUCUUCAAACCUCCCACAUCUACACCUUCAUCUCCCCCCCUCUCCAUCCCCAUCAUGUCCCCCCCCUGGAAAGUAACCUUCUCCUCCGACUUCUACCUCGCCUCAGGCACCAUAACCGUCGACCUCCCCGCCCGCAAAGUCCUCAUCAUCUACGACCUCACCUCUAAAACCUACUACCUCCCCCGCGGCCGCAAAGACUGGUCCGAACCCCUCGAGGCAACCGCCAUCCGCGAAACCUACGAAGAAGCAGGCUGCACCGCCACCCUCCUCCCCGUCCCCUUAUCAACCCGCUGCACCCCCCCUUCCUCCACCUCCACACACAACCCCCAGCUCCAAAAAGCCCGCUUCGACCCCUCCGGCGACGUCCUCCUCCCCAACACCGCCCGUCUCACCGAGCCCAUCGCCCUAAUGCAGCACCCCCAAAAGAAGAACGGCGCCCUCGCUAUAGUCCUCUGGUAUGUAGCCAUCGGGGACAGCACUCUCCCCCUGGCAAAAGAGACGCAAAUGUCUGAUGAGCAGUUCGAGGCGCUGUGGGUGGGUUUUGAGGAUGGGCCCGGGAUGAUGGUUAAUCAUGCUUACGGCCAGGUCCUCCAACGGGGCAUCGACCUCGCCUUGGCAGCCUCCCAGAUGGACGACAUGGACGUUGGGAUGAAUGCUGCGGUGGCUUGCCAAGACCCACCACAAAAAGACUCACACUUGUCAAGUCCCAAAACCUCCGAGGCAGGUAGCCUGGGGGUUGUGGAAGCAUCCAGGACCGAGACGCCGCCAUCACGACCGGAGAUGCCUUUAUCGCCACCAAAUAGUUUGUGA